UGUAGCUCCGAUUUUCCGUCACUCUGGAAAAGUUUUCACUGGGGAAUCACUUACAACCGUGUGACGGAAUCUUUUGAAGAAAAAAAAUGAAGCGAACUCGUCGACCAACUGCUGCCACCAACAAACCAUUCGUCUCCGGCGGAAUUUAUAAUCCCAAUGCUAUCGCCAAGCCUUUGAUCCAACAGCCGUUGCAGGCCUCUAAUGACCAGGAGCAGCAGUCCCCUCCGGUGGCUGAUCAAUCGCCACCGGCUCCUGCCUCAGUUUCGGCUCCAGUGGCGGCCUCGCAGGAUGCGGCCGACAUCGCAGCCAAAUUGCCUAUGCCAAUCAUAGUCAAGGAGGAGCCGAAAGAGGUCGUUAUCGAGGAAGCGGUUCCCAACGACGAUCUCCCCGUCGACGUCAGCGAGGAGAACGGCAGCGGCGCCGGCACCGGCACCGUCUCCGGCUCCGGCUCCGGCAUGGGGGGCAAGAUCCCCUUCAAGAAGAUCUUUCAGAAGCGCAAGAAGUCGUCUGAACGCACCCGUGACAAGAAGCAGCGCCAGAACCGUCAGCUGCGCAAGUCCAUGCUGCCGAAGAACGCCUUAAUGGCCCUUAACGAAGUAAAAGGUGUGACCAUAAGCGAUUUCACCAUCGAAAGCAAUCCCGACGGAGGGUUUACGGCCGUAGUUACUGUAAGCGCGGUCCAGUACGAGGGCAAGGGUCUCUCCAAAAUGUCCGCCAAGAACGCGGCUUGCGAGAAGGCUUGGCGCGACUUUAUCAUUGCAAAGAUGACACCCAAGCCGAACAGGACGCGUAAUUCUAACUCUGAAAAUGGACCAGAGCCCAUGGAAACCAACGAGGAUGAGGGUGAUGCACAGGAGGAUGAUCUUCCCAUGCUAAAUCUCGCCUCGUUUGCUAUUUACAAGCUGUUUGCAGAGUGGGAGCGCGAGGGCUAUGUCGUGCCAGAAAUGCAUCCAUCGGCCAGUGGUGCUCCGUCGGCCGGAGGGGAAAACGUACCGCCUGUUCCAGCGGUGCCGAAGGAGCCAAAGAAGCCACCAGUGCGCACCGAGUUGCCCUCAGGCUGGGAGACCAUGCACCCGGCCACUAUUCUAUGCAUUAUGCGUCCGGGACUCAUCUACGUUGACCACGGGGCCUCUGGCGACAAGCCCAAUGUCCUGCAACAUCUGGGAAUAGUAGUGGACGACCAGGAGUUCACCGCCAGCGGCAGAUCGAAGAAAAUCGCACGCCGCAACGUGGCCGUUGAAGUGUGCAACACUCUGUUUGGAACCAACUUCUCGUAUAGCGACACUUCAUCUUAAGACAUUGAUUGCAAGACACACCUUUGCCCCUCUUAACGGCUCCAUCUCCAAAAAUUUUGGCCGUAAAGUCAAAUGCGCAACUGUUUUUAGAUUUGCUUCUUUACUAUGAUAAAAAUUGGUUGCCGAGCGAUGAGUAUUUAAAAUUUUUAUUGACUUUUGGGUCAGAAUUUAUAAUUUAUAACUAUAUGGAGAUUAGUUAAAAUAGACUACGUUAUAUUAAUCGGGAUCUAACGAGUAUGUAUUUCUGUUGCAUUCGAAAAGUAAUGACACGAAAAGUAGUAACAUUCAUGAAAGUAUACACUUUUUAGAUUUCGGUGUGCUAAAAAUAUGGACUACAAUAUAUUGGUAUCUCCAUGCAGUUCCACAUGUCACAAAUGACAUCAAUGGUAACACUUUACCUCAUUUUCUCUUUAAAAAAAAAAAUAUAGAUAAAUGUUGAUGAUAAGCCCCAGUUUUUGUCGAUUAUAAGUUGAGGGAUAUGUCACUGAUGUCAGCGUAGGAUUUGCCCAUGUUAAUUUUAUCAAUUAUUUGUUUGAAAAUUAAUGAAUGAUUCACCAACAUCGAAGAUUUUACAACCUUGCAGAGGGUAUAAUGUCAGAAUUAUGCACCGCAGUAAAGGAGUCCACCAUAUUUGAAUAUCGAUCAUUUAUAAAUGAUUUUAGACUGCAA